UUCCACCCACGUUUUCCAACUUCAAUUUUCAAAGUAAAAGAACAACAUUACGACUCGAAGUCUCAACUACAGUCAGAUCAAAAGAAAAAAUACCCAUCAAAGUGCAAAGAAAAUAAGCUAAAUCUAACCCAGAAAAAACAUGUGUUUGGUUUUGUUGUGCGGUAAACAAGAGAGAGAGUUGGGACGGGGACGGGUGCAAGCGCCUGGGUUUUGCCCGCACUGCGGCGGCAAAGUGGAGGCCGUCGAUGUCGAGAGCAGAUGGAGGUUAUGUUUCUUGCCCGUUUGCUUCAAUAUCAACAGAAAAUAUUACUGCAUCUUGUGUGCCAGGCGUUUGGUGUUGUAUUGCUAGCUAGUUCCAUCCAGAUUUUGCUCUUCUCCUUUCUUUUAU